AUGACAGAGCCUUCAGGUCAGUCAUCGGAGCCGGAGCGGCCCUCCACGGCAGUUGUCCGGGACUCCCGCCCGCGUUCUUCCCACGACAGCAGUAGCCAGGACGACCAGCGCGAGGCCCUCGAACUGCAGGAGAUCCAGACCCGCGAAGACAACGAGCUCGACUAUUCUACGCCAUCUGCGUCGUCGGGCGACGAGUACCGACCACCCACCCGCCGCAUCGUAUCGCAUGCCAGUGUUCGAAAAGCCCGUGAAUCGCGGAAGGGGCUUUGGGGGAAACUUACCCGCUUCUGGACACGAAAUGUUACAUUAACUGUGUCGCAGAAAAGUAAUCGAGAUCAUUUUGCUAUGGAACGAACAUUCUUGGCCUACAUUCGUACAUCGACAGUUAUUGCCAUGCAAGGUGUGCUUGUCGCGCAGCUUUUCCGACUGCAGCAGAGCAAGUCAGAACAAGGCACUUUGCGAUUUCAACAAGUCGGUGUCCCAUUAUCUGUCGCCUGUCACUGCGUGGCUAUUCUGGUGGGAUUGAUUGGUGCCUAUCGGUUUUGGAAGCAACAGGGUGCCAUUGCAUUAGGCAAGAUUUAUGCCGGUGGAUGGGAGGUUAAUAUGGUGGGGAUAUUAUUAUUUUGCGUUAUUGCGACGACCUUGGCUCUUUCAAUUGCGAUUGUGGUCCAAAUCGAUAGCGCUCCCCCUUCAUUAAUCGGCCGUCUAAUGCGCUGGUGA